AUGUCUGAUAAACUCCCGGACAUGUUUAAAGACAUUAAAUACAAGCCUGGUCUACAGAUAUGGACCAUCAAUAAUAUGAAAAUGGUUCCUGUGCCAGAGCAGGCCUAUGGGAAUUUCUUCGAAGGAGACUGCUACAUUGUUUUCUAUGGUGGCACAGACACAUCUCGCUCCAUGGACAUCCAUUACUGGAUAGGUAACAGUGCCUCUCAGGACGAGCAGGGCGCUGCAGCCAUCUACGUGUCCCAGCUGGAUGAGUGUUUGGGUGGUAGUCCGAUGCAGCACCGUGAGGUUCAGGGCUGCGAAUCAGUCAAGUUUAAGAGCUACUUCAAAAAUGGCAUCAUAUACAAGAAAGGAGGCGUGGGGUCGGGAUUCCAGCAUGUCACUACCAAUGCGUACGACAUCCUGCGUCUGUUGCAUGUCAAAGGCCGCAAGAAUGUGACCGCCACAGAGGUGGAGUUGUCCUGGAAGAGCUUUAAUGCUGGAGAUGUCUUCUUGCUGGACAUGGGAAAUAACAUCAUCCAGUGGAAUGGACCUCAGAGCAACAGACCGGAGAGAUUAAAGGGGUGUUUGCUAGCACAGGACAUCAGGAAUCGAGAGCGAGGGGGUCGAACACAGAUCGCAAUAGUGGAGGGAGAAAAAGAAGAAGCCUACCCAGAACUGAUGAAGAUCAUGACGGCGGUCCUGGGUCAGAAGAGCGGGCCUUUAAAAGAAGCUGUCCCUGAUCCGACAGCAGACCAGUCCCAGCUUUCAAAUGUUAAACUUUACCAGGUAUCAGACUCCAGUGGUAAGCUGAUAAUACAGGAAGUGGCGUCAAGUCCACUAUCACAGAAGCUUCUGAAUUCAGAGGAGUGCUACAUCUUGGAUGUAGGAGGUACAUCGCUGGCAGUGUGGAAAGGAAAGAAGGCCACUAAGGAGGAGAGACUCUCAGCAAUGGAGCGGGCAGUGGGUUUCAUCAAAGCCAAAAACUACCCUCCCAGCACUCACGUGGACGUGAUGAGUGAAGGUGGAGAGUCUGCCAUGUUCAAGCAACUCUUCAAGUCCUGGUCUGAGCCGAGACAAACUCAGGGCCUGGGAACCACCUACACCAGGGGGAAGAUAGCCAAAGUGGACCAGACCAAGUUUGACGUCAUGGAACUUCACGCCGAGCCUAAACUUGCUGCACAGGAGCGUAUGGUGGAUGAUGCUUCUGGAGAAGUCCAGGUCUGGAGAAUCGAACACUUAGAGCUUCAGGAAGUCCCACCCAGUAUGUACGGACAGUUUUAUGGUGGCGACUGUUAUCUAGUGCUUUACACCUACCACAAAGCGAACAAACCCCAGUACGUCCUCUACAUGUGGCUGGGUCGCCAUGCCACCCAGGAUGAGAUAACUGCAUGUGCAUACCAGGCUGUGAAUGUGGACAACAGGUAUAAUGGAGCUCCUGUUCAGGUCAGGGUGACUAUGGGCAAAGAGCCACGCCACUUCCUGGCCAUCUUCAAGGGAAAACUCAUCAUCUAUGAGGGUGGCACAGGAAAACCCGGUGUAGUAAACCCCAUGCCCGGGGCCAGGCUUUUCCAGGUGAAAGGAUCGGCUGAAAUGAACACCAAGGCUACAGAGGUGCCAGCCAGAGCCUCAUCACUGAACAGCAACGACGUCUUCCUGCUUCAAACUAACAACAUAACGUACAUGUGGUAUGGCAAGGGCUGCAGUGGUGAUGAGCGUGAGAUGGGGAAGACUGUAGCCGAUGUGCUGUCGCAGCAAGAGAAACAGGUUGUAAUGGAAGGGCAAGAACCAGCUCAGUUUUGGGUAGCUCUGGGUGGAAAGGCCCCAUAUGCCAGUGACAAGAGGCUUGAGAAAGAAGUGUCGGCACACAGUCCUCGACUCUUCGAAUGUUCCAAUCAAACAGGCCGAUUUCGCAUGACUGAGGUGGGCCAGUUCAAUCAGGACGACCUGGACGAAGACGACGUCAUGCUGCUGGACACAUGGGACGAGAUUUUCCUGUGGGUUGGAAACUCUGCCAAUCAGUAUGAGAUACAGGAGUCUAACAGCUGCGUUAUCGAGUAUUUGAAGAGCCAUCCGGCAGGCCGGGACCCUCAGACGCCGAUCAUCUCAGUAAAACAGGGCUAUGAGCCACCAACCUUCACGGGAUGGUUUAACGCCUGGGACCCCUACAAGUGGAGUGGAGGUUUAUCGUAUGAGGAGAUGAAAACUAAAGUGUGUGGAUCAGGAUCGGUUUCACAGAUCUCUGUGAAUCUAAACAACGUGGCCUUGAACAAGAAGUCACCGGGUGGAAACAGCAGUGCCCCUGGAGGGCCCUCAUCCCCUCAGAUCAACAAAUCUCAAAGCGCUUUAAGCAACUCCAGCGGCUCCAGCAGUCGAGCCAGUGGGUCUCCUGUCACUGUCAUGAACCCGAGCACGAUGAAUCCUGAGCUGCUUCUUAAUAAAGAUGCUAAUAAGCUGCCGCCCACAGUGGACCCAGACAAACGAGAGGACUAUUUAAGUGAAGCAGACUUCGAGAGUCUACUUGGCUGCUCCAAAAAAGAUUUUCAGCGCCUGCCAAAGUGGCGUCAGAGUGACCUGAAAAAGAAAGCUGGGCUUUUAUAAUAACAAAAAAGUGGAAAACAAUAAACAGUAAAAAAAAAA